AUGGAGGACGUCGUAAGCGUUCCGGAGCCGCCUGUUUACAGUGAUGCUGGGAGAGAUGAGCGGAACCACCCCUGUAUACAUAAUUUACGAUCCGAUACAGGAACUGUGUAUGCUGCGCGUGCUGGGAACAAUCUAUACGGAACAGAUGUUGAAGUAGAUUAUCGAGGAGAAGACGUAACAGUGGAGAAUUUCAUCCGAUUAUUAACUGGCCGACAUCAUCCUGCAACACCAAGAUCAAAACGGUUACUCACCGAUCAUCAGAGUAACGUUCUGAUUUAUCUGACUGGUCAUGGAGGCGAUAGUUUCCUCAAAUUUCAAGAUGCUGAAGAAUUAACUAAUGUGGAUCUUGCAUACGCAAUUCGGACUAUGUAUGAAGACAAUAGGUAUCACGAGUUAUUCUUAAUCGCUGAUACUUGCCGAAGCGCAUCAAUGUACGAAUGGGUGGAUAGUCCUGGAGUACUGUCGACUAGCAGUAGUUUAACACAUGAAGAAAGUUAUUCGUACGAUAUAGACGAUGAUAUUGGAGUUUAUGUUAUUGACAGAUAUACUCAUUUCACUGUUGCUUUUUUGAAUCGUGAUGUUACGGCUUUGAACUCGACAGCAACAAUGCAGGAUUAUUUGGAGUCGUGUUCACGUCGUCAAUGUAUGUCUACAGUAGGUGUUCGAAAAGAUGUCUACCCAAAGGACCCAUCACGAGUUCGUGCUACAGAUUUUUUCGGCUCAUCAAGAAUGAUUCGACAUCUUACGGAAGAAAUUGUUGUUGAUGAUGAGUGGAUGAAAUUUAGUGAUUGA